AUGCGGGACCUGUGGAGCUGGACCGGGGGCCCAGAGGGGCGUGGGAGAGCGGCCUCGUACACGGGGGAGUGCAGGGCCAGGUUGGAGACCAGAGCCAACAAGAAGUGGGUCAGGUUAGUGACCGUGCUGGUCUACGUUCUCACCGUGUCUCUGGCGGCCGCCGUCCUGGUUCUGUACUACAGUCUGAUCUGGAAACCCACAGCUGGACCUGGACUGACCCGGACCGGGACCGGGGCAAAAACAGAGACCAGGGAGCCGGGAGCCUCGACCUCCGGGAUGAAGACGAGUGAAGAAGAUCAAUCAGACCCACAUGGACCUGGACCCACUGACCCCCCUCAGGCUGGACUCAGCUCCUCCGAGCCCCCCGCUGUGACCGCCGAUGAUCCAUCCAACCUGCCCACACACCGAGCCGGGUGCCGGGAGGUGGACAGAGAGGGGUCGUCCAGAUAA